AUGGAAGGACAAACACAGCAACGUAUUCUGCUACGUCAGAGUGAAAUGGGAAAAGAUGACCAUGGAAAAUCGAAAAGAAGAAGAAUGAAAGAAUCGGAAAGAAAACAGAAGAAGAGCAACGAUAUGAUGAGAUUGGAAGAGGACGCCCACCACUCGAGCCGUUGUUUCAAAUGGUGCUUAACAGCCAUUGCAUCGCCCGAAAUGGAUGAGGAUAGCGUGAGAGAAGAAGCCAGAAGAAGAAGAUGUUUCAAGAAUAAACGGACCGGAUAUGCACUAUGA